UUGUCGCCGAGCGCGAAAAGCGGAGCGGCGCGCAGCCGCUCGCGAGCAAAAGCGUCCCUUCGUCUGUGCAAAAGGUACUUUUUUUCGGACCGCGAAAUGGAAGCGUCCUCUGAGAAUGGGCGCGACGCCAACCAGCUGUCCUAUGCGGAGCAAAAAGCCAAGCUAUUUGCCUCGUUCGAAACGGUGGUCUUAAGCGACGAAAACCCCCUGGACGACGUGAAGGACCUCUCCUCGAUCUCCUCGGAGUGGCUCGACGCCAACCUGCCCAGCCUGUCGGCCAGCCCCAGUCUCUACGACGUGGUGCUCCGCGGCUUCUUGCUCACGCUGCUCGCCAAGCUGGGAGACGAGGACUUCUCAUUUUCUCAAGAAAUGCCGCCGUCCGUUCGAUACGUCGAGCGCCUCUUGAAGCUGCUCGGCUGGCUCGUGUCCAACAAGCGGAUCAACUUUGGCCGAGUCUUUCCUCUGCUGGAAGACCUGUUCGAGUGUCUGCCCUGCGAAAAGGCGGCCUACUGGUUCCGCUGGAUCGAGCGGAACUGCGGCUGGAUUCCGACGCUGGCCUCCAACAUCUCCGAGAAGGAGACGGGUCCUCUCGUUCGGUGCUUUCAGACGCUGCUCAAGCGCCUGAACAAAUCCGAGGACGCGGUUUUGUGCGGCCAGAUCCUGUCGUACAUUUCCUUCGUCAUACCCCUGUCCCACCCCUCCGGAUACAACAAGAAGGGGAAGCUGAACUUGGGCAACACGACCAAGUACGAGAAGAGCCUGGACGGCGAUACGCCGAUGGUCAGCUCGAUGAUCAUGGAGGAGGAAGUCAAGAAAGUCGACGCGGCGUUUUACACUCGGUUUUGGAAGCUGGUGGACUUCGUUCACAACAACUCAGGAGACCCCUCCGUCAGGGAUACGAAGCAAUUGGAAGCGCUGUCGUCUCACUUUUGCGAGAUUCUCAAGGUCUUCGAACUGACAGCUGCCAAAGUGCAGGAGUACUUCGACCCCUCGCCUGGAAAGAAGGGGCAGGCGGAUCGGAGCAUCAAGGCGUCCAUUCAAUCCGUGUACACGGAAGAGAGCGCCAGGCUAUUUCCGAAGUACCUGACGAGCCCAAAGCUGCUUCAGUUGGAGAUUUUGGACCCCGUUUUUCGAAAAUGCGUUUUGGUACAAUUUUAUUUGUUCUUGCACUCUUUGCGGCGCACUUCCACGGUGCAGGCGACUCCCGAUGGGGAAAAGCAACCCCCCGAGCAGGCGCAGACCUCUUCGCCCACGCGGCAGCACGGAGCCUUUCCCUCUGAGCUGACGGACGCGCAGGAAGAGACGGUAAAGAAGCUGCUGACGCGCGUGCAGAACUUGCUCCAACGCACCCCCCCGGACGGAGCGACCUUCGCUGCAUCCCUGGAGGAGUCGACGAAAUACGAAGAACUUUGGAUCGAGUGGAAGAGAAACAAAUGCGCCUCGUUCGAAAAGCCGGUACAAAUCAACGCACAAAAAGAUGAACGUUCUUAUUAUGACAUUUUUGAGGUCGAAAUGCCGGACUCGACGGACCCCUCUUUGGACGCGCUGCAUCGGUUUGCAUCGCACAACAAGAGAGCGAAAUCGGACAGAAUGAUCUGCGACGAUGAGUGCAGAUUAGGCGAUUUGCGAAGGCCAGUGAAGGAACAAGUCGCGCUUGGUGGUCAAGACUUGGUCAAUUUGUGGAACGAGACUCCGAUGGCGUUCGGAGGCGGUUUCACGCUGAAAGAGUACGUAGAGUGUCAAGAAGGAGCCGCCAUCGAGGAAAACAAGCAGCUGAGUUGGAAAGUUCGAAGAAUUAUUUGUAAAGAAAAUUUGGACUUCUACAAGAAACUGACUUCGUCGGCGUGCACCAUUGAUGCCUAUUUGGCUGUUUUAUUCGGCGAUUUAACUGUGUAUUUUGAUUAAAAAAAUCUUUAGCGGUGCUGAUAUAUUGAACAGUCUUUUUUAAUCCAGACACAAAUUAAUUAGGCCGUAAGCAGGCAAACACCGCCAGCUGCACGAAUUUUUCUAGUAGCUUUUUUCGAAAAAAGUUUUGCUUUAACAAUUAUUGGUAUUUUAGGCAGCUGUCCAUUGCCCAGCACUUUGAAGUAUCCAUAUCGAGUUACGUCUAUCACAGGUGCCUCUCCAUUUGGUCCUGGAAAAUCCGAUACGUCGUAUCCUGAAAUUCCCCACAGACGGUCUACAUUGAUAAUGGGACAAUAGUAUCGGUCUGCAUGAUAAUUGAAUUGACGCAUGCCAACCUUUCCAAAAUAACCUGGGUGGUAUUUAUCGAACCACGUUCGGUGGUGGUGCAAUCCACCGGCAUUUCCGCGUCCGCCCUAAAAAAAGGUCAGCGAUUUUUUUUUUAAGGCUCAAAAAAAAAAAGAAGCGUACAGAAUGCUUGCGGUGUUUACCAACGCGGCCGAACCCAGCCGAUACGUGUCCUCUAUGUUUCCUCGACUUCUUGACCAUCUUAGCAGGCCCCUAAAUGCGAAUGGCAACUGCUUAUCACGAAAAGCAGGCUCGGACGUCAGUAAAUGAUAUGUGCAGCUAUGAGGAACGAGUCGAGUAUCUGAUCACCUCUAACCUAACAAACUACAAGUUCCGAAGUUGAAGACAUCAUAUAUACAUACAACGAUCUACUGGAAACUAAAUCAAUAGCGAUUCGCUUCUGACUAAAAAAAAAUUUUCCAUUCGA